CAUCUGCUUUCAAGCGUCUCUCAUGCCCCUUUUAGGAUGGCACUGACUAGAGCCAGAAAAAGGCUACAAGGCGGUGCACUCUUGGACGUUGGUUGUGGUACGGGCAUUUUAUCGAUUUUUGGUGCCAAAGCCGGGGCCAGACACGUCUUUGCUCUGGACGCCGUCGCUAGCCUCACGGAACUCGCCAAGAGGAUUGUCGAUGAAAAUGGCCUCGCAGACAGCAUCACUGUACUUAACGUCAAAGUUGAAGACUCCCAACUUCCGGUGGACCGUGUCGACGCGCUCGUGAGCGAGUGGAUGGGCCAUGCGCUGCUCUACGAAAACAUGCUUUCCUCGGUUUUGGCCGCUCGCGACAAGUACCUCCGUCCGCCGUCAACCACCGCCUCGGCCGACGACCUCGCCCAGUGGCGCCGACGCCGUCUCUUCCCCUGCGCGGCGACUCUCUUCAUUGCCGGCUUCUCCGAAGACGUCGAUGACACUGCGGAGGAAUGCGACUCAAGCAACGGCAUUAGACACUGGGAGGAACUGUCUGAUCUGUAUCGAGUUGAGUUGUCCGGUGCAUUUGCGUCUGCUGUAAGCCAGGAGUUCGAGAGCCAGGUUCACGUGGACGUAGCUGACCCGAGAUCCAUUGUCACCACUGCCUGCGCGCUAACCACCCUCGAUCUGGCGACCCUGCGUGCUGACGAAAUACUCACUCAAGGCGUGAAGGGAAGUUUUGAAGUGAAGUCAAUGGGUACGGUUGAGGUGUCGGGCUUCGUCAUUUGGUUCUCAGUGGAGUUUCCAGAUGGUGAUGUACUCUCAACAUCACCAUACAAAACACCUACGCAUUGGCAACAAUCCCUGAUCUUCCUGUCAAAGACGCUGUCCAUGCGGCAAGACGACGUUCUAAGCGGAGCGGUGCACUUCACCCAUCCGUCUAACGCUCGCAGGUGA